AGCCAAUGGGAUCACUCAGCAAGGGGAGGAAAACUUGGACGGGUCGAUGGGGGAGAACAAUGAGGCGGCUGGAAAACGUGCUCAUCCUCCGCCGCUCUACUGAGGGAGAAACAGAGCACGACAAGUUACGUUCCUGGAGGCUUCUAGAGGUUUUUAUCGGGGUUUGGUUAAAGUAAACCCACGGGACACCAUUAGCUUAAAGACGAACCCUGUCGAACCAGGGAGACGAUGGCUCUUUGAAUCUACCUCCAUGCCGUUUAACAGAAACACAGAAAGGUCUCUCCUGAUCAGGUGGUGUCUGGCAUUUGGAGGCAAAUUACAGUCCCUCACCCCUCCUCACCCCUUCCUGUCUCUUUCGUCACGUCAAGCCGCUUUGCAUACCGACUUCCUUCUCCCGCUGGUCCCCAUCAGCCAGCCGGCGAGGCGAAGCGUAGCCAGCAGCAGCUGAUAACAUGACGGGAGGAUACAGUAUCACAGAGAGCCACGACGAGCUGACUUUAAAAACUUCAUUCGGGAAGUAGGCGGAUGUCGUGUGCGGCCGAUAUCCAGCUCGGAGUAGGACUGCACGGAGAGGAGCGGGGAAUGGAUAAUAUUUGAUGCACCGAGAUUUUUCUUUUGUUUUUUUGUUGUUGUUGUUGUUCGUCGUGAAGAGGCGGAAUAUGCCGGUGUUUGUACACUGCUGUACGUGGAAGUACACGGAUUGUUUUUAUUCCUCCAACUCACAGCUGUAACCUGAGGAUUUAAAUCAGCACUUUUCUUUGCUAAUUGUAGCUCUGCGGUUAAAAUAACGCUACUUGUGUGUUGCUUAUUUUAUCAUUUUUUUUUUUUUUUACGUGGUAGUUACUGAGAGCCCUUUCCUACAGGCUUCAUGUGAUUUUUGUAAGCUAAUACACAUUUUUAAAUGUAUAAAAUUAGACAUGGGGUGGCCCCCUCUGAAACAGCCUGUGAAACCAUUAGAAGCACCUCUUAGCUCCCCUUUUUGACCCUCUAUCGAUUAACAUUUCCUAAUAGCUUUCUUUUUUCCUCAUAUUACAGGUGUCGGUAUUUUUUUUUUUUUUUUUUCGUGACACCAGAUUUAUUUGCGAGUUAAAAUUAUUCAGUUGUUUUUAUUGAUCUAUAUAAAGGCUGCUAACUGCUGUGUGAACCUUGACAUAUUUUUCGUGUGCUUUGUAAUUAAUUAACCCCUCGCAGGAUACAAAUUCCCGCAUUUUCCCCUCCUAAUUUCCACCAUGAGUUACAUGGUAGUAAAUGUAUUGCUACGUGGACUCGUCAUCUAUGCGGUACUGGGCUCGGAGUGCUCCUACUCGAAUGAUCUGCCAAGCCACUCGUCUGAUGCUGCAAAUGUAGCCACCUCAGACCCGUGUCUUAUAGUGAUGCCGCCAUGUGUGGGCGAGGCCGACCGCUUCAGCCUGGAGGCGCUGCGACACAUCCACAAACAGCUGGACGACGACAACGACGGAGGGAUAGAGGUCAACGAGAGCGUGGAGUUCAUAAUAGAAGACAUGAAGCAGCAGCAAACCAACAAACACAGCAACCUGCACCGUGAAGACCAGCACAUUACUGUGGAGGAGCUGUGGAGGGGCUGGAAAACUUGUGAAGUCCACAACUGGACCAUGGAGGACACGGUGCAGUGGCUGAAGGAAUCGGUGGAGCUGCCACAAUACGAGAAGAACUUCCGGGACUUUGGAGUCACAGGGAACACGCUACCUCGAAUAGCGGCAAACGAACCGUCGUUUAUGUCGAUGCAGCUGAAGAUAUUGGACCAGCGGCAUAAACAAAAGUUAAACCUGAAGGCUCUCGAUGCUGUGCUUUUUGGGCCUCCUCUUCGUCCGCAGCACAACUGGGUGAAAGACUUUGUCCUGAUGGUUUCCAUUGUGAUCGGUGUGGGAGGCUGCUGGUUCGCCUACAUUCAGAACAAGUCCAGUAAGGUGCACAUUUCUCAGAUGAUGAAAGACCUGGAGAGCCUUCAGAAUGCUGAGCAAAGCUUGUUAGACCUGCAGAGUCGGCUUGAAAAAGCUCAGGAGGAGAACCGGACAGUUGCCGUGGAGAAGGAAAACCUCGAGCAGAAGAUGAGGGACGAGAUCAUUGACGCCAAAAAGGAGGCUUACCGACUGCGAGAGCUGCGAGAGGGCGCAGAGUGUGAGCUCAGCCGGCUCAAAUAUGCUGAGGAAGAGCUGGUACAGGUGCGAAAGGCUCUGAAGCGGGCGGAGAAGGAGAUGCAGUCCGAGCGCUCGGUCCCCGAAGCGCUGCAGAAAUGGCUCCAGCUCACGCACGAGGUGGAAGUUCAGUACUACAACAUCAAGAAGCAGAGCGCCGAGUUUCAGCUGUACGUCGCCAAAGACGAGGCAGAGAAAAUAAAAAAGAAAAGAGGUUCUGUGUUUGGAACCCUUCAUGUUGCCCACAGCUCAUCCCUGGAUGAGGUGGACCACAAGAUACUAGAAGCAAAGAAAGCUCUGACAGAAGUGACUGCGUGCCUGAGGGAGCGGCUUCACCGCUGGCAGCAGAUCGAGAAGCUCUGCUGCUUCCCCGUCGUCAAUAAUUCAGGUCUGCCGAGCCUAACGGCCAGCCUCUACUCAGACCACAGCUGGGUCGUCAUGCCCCGAGUCUCUGUCCCUCCAUACCCCAUCGCAGGCGGUGUUGAUGACCUGGACGAGGACACACCUCCCAUCAUUCCACAGUUUUCUACGGCUACAUUGAUCCGGCCACCGCUGACCCGCAACAGCAGCCUGUGCCGUUCCCGUCGAAGCCUCCUGAGUCAACAGUCCUCACUGAUGUCCGCAGACCCAGACCUGCUGUCCAUGGCCAGCUCGUCCCUCUCCUAUCGCCCCGAUGCAGACGACGAACAGUUCAUGUUCAGUGUGGAUAGGAGGGGAGAACCGGGUCAAGAUGGCAGCUCCGACACGGACUCCCUCAGCUCGACCAUCGGCCGCAAGCAGCUGCACUCCCACUGCGCUCCCGGCCCUGAAACCCCCUACCGUCGGAUCUCCCGCGAGGAGCUCCUGCUGCUGGGCCAGAGCAGCCCUGAGCGCCCCGGGUCCACCCACACCACCAGCAGUAGCAGCAGCAGCAGUCUCAGGGACUCCACGCCUCCUCCCAUGCCUACACCUGCCACUACCCCCUCCGGCCCCACCUCCCCCUCACCGGCCCUAGAGCACCACCCGUUUGCACAGAAAGGCUCGCCCGAUCUCACCUGCAUCAUGCCAGAGUCCCAAAGCAUGCCACUCUCGCAGGUCAGCGCCACCUCUCCGACGGGGAAGGGCGUGUACAACGGCAUCCUGGAGAAGUCCUACAGCUACGGCCAGCUGCCGGCAAGCAUGCUGCCCAACGUGGGGCGCCACCCGUCUCUCACCUCGCUGGACUCAGAGGGCCGGAGCGUGGGCAGAGAUUACAAGCUCCACAGCACCUCCUCCCAGGACUCCUGCGACAAUGGAGAGAAAAUCAAGCGCUCCUCCUCUAAAAUCAAAAGCUUAUUUAAAAAGAAAAAAUAAAACAUUCAGAGUGAGAUAGAAAGCGUGUGACAGAAAGAGAGAAAACUAAAGUAAUAAGAGUUUUAUCACUCAUGUCACUGGAAGAUACAACAUUUCCUUUUCCCUCCUGGUUGUUGUCAUCAAAGACGGAAUGUAGCUCAGCCUGGGUGCCGUCAAACGCCCCUCAGUCUGGUAGCCUUAUUUUUCAAUAUUGUUUAGUUCUCACAGAGAAACCCGCACAGGUCGAGGAAGGAGCCGAGGAAAGCCUAAAACCUACUGACGCUCCUCUCUUCACUUCGUUUUUUUUUUUUUUUUUAGUUUUUUUUUUUAGUUUGAACCAAAAAAAGCCUCUUAAAGGGUCUAAAGGUGCAGUCUGUACAUUUAGUUUAAAGCUCACAAAGUGUAGUGUUUCACUGAAGAUGUGUAGUGUGGAUGAACUCGUGUACGUGACUCAUUUCAUUCAAAGGUGAAAACAAAAUAAUCCUGCUAAAAGUUUGUUGCACUACUGCUUUCUUCGUGGUUGUUUUGGGAGAGAGGCACAGCUCGCGGAGUUACGCGUUUGAAUCAAGAUGUCGACAUGAAGGGGGGGUGCAUGGGCGGUCGCAAGUGAAACGCAGCACAGAGCCAAAAUAAUCUGACGUGCCCUCAGUGCCACUCUUUAUGGAUGUCUCAAUAUAAAUAUAUAUAAAUAUAUAAACUGUUUUCACAUGAUGUUCUUAAAGGUGAUUUUAAUAGAUUUUUAAAUUUAAGGGUUUCACUGCAGACUAAAGCCACAACAGUCACUUUAUCUGUGUUGUUGUCGCCAUUUAUUACUUGAUAACCUGCAUCCUGUAGCCAUACAGUAACAAAAUCUACCAUCUUUAUGUUUUCAUUUUAAAACAAAGUCAUGCAGCUUUUUAAACUUGAUGUCACCAUAACGUUUGGGGGAAAUUGGCUUUCAGGUACAUCUCAAAGUUUAAAAACUGUAACUUGUGUCUUGUAUAGAGUUAUUACAGAGUGAUAUAUUUUACGUGUUUAUUUUUGGGUAAUUGUGACUGUUUAAGUGUACAGCUAAUGAAAACUCAACAAUCAGAUGCUAGAAAUGAUCACGCCUUGUUUAUCUUCCCCAAACCUUUGGAUGGGCUUUGCUUCACAAUCCUCUCAAGGCUGCAGUAAUCCUUGCUCAGGGUUUCUAGGAAGUUACAAGUAUGAAAUCUGGUGUCAUCAUUUUAACCAUCUUGAUGGAUAAGGAAAACAGAAAAUUGUGCAUAGAAAUAUGUAUGACUCUUCAGAUCUUAGUACUUAUUUCAAGAUCUGAAUUUCUAUGAAAUCAAUUAUUUUUUGGGUCUUACAGUUGCUGAAAUCACAGAUGAAUACACACACAUGCAACAAUUUAAAAAGUAAAUCGAUAGCCAUUUUCAGCGUUGUUUUAUGAUUUGAUGAACAUAUUGAUAAUAAAAGUUAACCAUGUGUUUUUUUGCUCAAAUGUCCAGAAUUUUACGAAAACUUUAAUAAGUCUAGAAAUUUGAUUUACCCAAAAGUAUAUAUGUCUUGAAAUGGAAGGGUUGUGGGAAUCCUGUUUGCUGCUUGCGCACCUAUUUCAACCACAGUUUAUCCUCCCACUCAACUUACCAUUAAUAAACCUGGAUACAGCACUCUGUGAAGAUCCGGUUUAUUUAGCAAUGACUGUCAUUUUCUUGUCUUAUGUAUAACAACGUUUCUGAGCACCUGUAUGUUGGGGUUUUCUUUAGCUGUAAGUCAUAAAAAUCUAAAUGAACAGAAAUAAAUGCUUAAAAUUUAUCACUGUUUAAUAAAAAUGAGUUUUGGUCUUUGAACUGAAUUACUAAUUUAAAUGAUCCGUUUACAUUUUUUGAUGGGGGUGUGUGGGAUGGUUUUAUCAAGCCACAUAAUUUCCAGGAACACUAAGAAUGAUCUGCUGUCAAUCUGACCUGACACUGCAAGACAACCAGACCCACCCAACUUUUUGCCUACACAUAAAAAUACACAAAAAAAAAGAAUUUGCCACCAAGUUAAGCUGUUUAAACCAGAUCUGAAUGAUGCACCAAGACCUGACACCCCACUAAGCUCGACCCAUGCAAUACAGUCCUGCACGUCACCUCCGGGGCCCGCAAACCGAGCGCACUGAUGUCAAAAGCUUAGCACUGAUUACUGGAUGCUUCCUCUGAUCCCAGUUCUAGCUGUCACCGCUGCAGUUUAACAAUGUGAUGGUGCUCCAGCAGCAUCUAGAAGGUGGAUGAGUUGAGGAUCCAAUGUCAUGUGUUAAAAAUAGACAAACUCAUACAUGCGAAAGGUUGUUGGGCAGUGGAGCACACGAUGACGGUAAUGCAGGACAGGGCUGUGAGGUGAGGAUGAAGUGAAUGUUUAUGAGGAAUGUGGGGGUAAAGGAGGGGGUUUGAGAACAUUUUGUGUGUGUGGAUAUUUGUAUACUGUAGAAGAAUUAAUAAAAAAAAAGGAAGCAAC